AUGCUAAGAAUCCUCGCCGUAAGUCUCUCCACCAAGUCCCGUACCCUCAGCACCACACGCGCACGCACCAUGGCCUCCUCCACCCGCUCCAGCAUCUGGGUCCCCCCACCAGAGCCCAAGACCAAGCUCGGUCGCCACCGCCAGCUCUCCCCCCUCGCGGGCGUGCACGUCUCCCCCAUCUGCCUCGGCGCCAUGAGCAUCGGCGACCAGUGGGCAAAAUUCGGCAUGGGCGCCAUGGACAAGGAGAGCAGCUUCAAGCUCCUCGACGCCUUCUACGACGCCGGCGGCAACUUCAUCGACACCGCCAGCAACUACCAGGACGAGUCCUCAGAAAAGUUCAUCGGCGAGUGGAUGGAGCAGCGCGGCAUUCGCGACCAGAUGGUCAUUGCCACCAAGUACACCACGAACUUCAAGCGCGCGGAUGACAUCCCCCAGAAGACCUCGUACGUGGGCAACAACAUGAAGUCCCUGCACAUCUCCGUCGAGGCCUCCCUCAAGAAGCUGCGAACCUCCUACAUCGACAUCCUCUACGUGCACUGGUGGGACUUCAACACGAGCGUUGAGGAGGUCAUGAACGGCCUGCACAACCUCGUCGCCCGCGGGAUCGUGCUCUAUCUCGGCAUCUCCGACACCCCCGCGUGGGUCGUCUCCAAGGCCAACCUAUACGCGCGCAUGACGGGCAAGACCCCGUUCUCGAUCUACCAGGGCGCAUGGAGCAUCCUCCAGCGCGACUUUGAGCGCGAGAUCAUCCCCAUGGCGCGCUACGAGGGUCUCGCGCUCGCCCCGUGGAACGUCCUCGGUUCCGGCAAGAUCCGCACGGACGCGGAGGAGGAGCGGCGGCGCCAGACCGGCGAGAAGGGCCGCAUGCUCGCGAGCACCGCGUGGGAGCGCACGCCCGAGCAGCGCAAGGUGUGUCUCGCGCUCGAGGAAGUCGCCGCGCAGGUCGGCGCGAAGAGCAUCACAUCCGUGGCGAUCGCGUACGUGAUGCAGAAGACACCGUACGUGUUCCCGAUCGUCGGCGGGCGCAAGGUCGAGCACCUCAUGGACAACAUCGAGGCGCUCAGCAUCGCGCUCUCCCCCGAGCAGAUCGCGCACCUCGAGGGCGUGCUCCCCUUCGAGGUCGGGUUCCCGCACACCAUGAGCGGUAACGGGACGUCCAAUAACUACCUGUUCAGCGCCGCCGGCCACUUCGACAAGUGGCCUGUCCAGCAGGCGAUCCGGCCCAGCGACUAA